UCGGGUCCAAGACACCACACAGCGCGACCCAUCAGCAGUUCUACAUUAGCUCUCGUAUGGUGUGGGCGGGAAUCUUUAAUUUCUCGUGGAAGUUGAGAGUUUAGACUAUACGGAGCCGCUGUAGCGAUGGAUUCCAGUUACAGGCAAACAUGUUUACGACUUGAAGUUCCCGGCAGAGAAAAUGAACAACAAGAAGUAAUUUUCAUCAAAGGGAACUGGUCCGAUUCUCGUUUUGAACUUUUCAUUACUGACGGAAUCAACACUUGGAUAUGCAAAGCUUUGGAAAGUGAAGUCAAAGAGAGAGCAAGUCAAUGGGAUCAACCUGUGUCUGAUUACAUUGAGACUGCUGAACGUCAUUUAGGGUUUCGACAACCUGGUUCUACAUAUGGUUUUGUUGAUGCUGGUGAUGGACAUAAGAGAUUGUCGUGGACAUUUGAGAAGCAAGGAACAACGUUAGAAUGGCGAUGGAAAUGUAAACCAUCACCUGAUAACAAAAAGACGACUUCAGAAAUUCUGGAUUUUCUUAUGGAUGCGAAUAUACGCCUCAGUGAAGAAGUCGUUAGAAAGACGCAGUCAUUUGACAGGUUGAAACUGGAAGCUGAAAAAUGCUUAGCCCAGAGUGAGAAGUUCAGCAAUGAGAAGGCAGAGCUUGAAUCAGCUCUGUAUGCAAAGUUUGUUGGUGUCUUAAACUCAAAAAAGGCAAAACUGAGAGAACUGCGAGACCGACUAUCGAAGCAGGAACACAGUGGCAAAUCACCUCAGGAAGAAGAGGAGUCAUCCGGUAAAACUGAAUCUUAUCAUGAACAAACUGAUCAAGAAGAUAACAGUGGUGUAGAAUCCUCAAAGAAUGACGUUGGGACGUCAAGGAACAUAAGUACAAGUACGCGCUACAGUCGAAAGAGAAAAACAUAGGAGCAAGAUGCUUUGUAGCCGAUAGUAAUUGGUGCACCUUUUUAUAACAAAUUGGUCAUUAAUUUUUCUAUAUUUUUUUGUAAUGAAAAAUCUAAACUUUGGUAUGGAUAUGUUGUUAAGCUUUCGGUGUAUAUUUUCUCCCAUAACAGUGUUUAAAAUGGACAGGAA